GAUUUUAAUUUGUAAUUUGUGGUAUUUCAACGUUUUCAACUUAACAUGUCGUGUUUAAAAGUGGUGCUUUCAAUUGUAUGUGGGCUGGUGUUGCUGUUUGAGAACUGUGAAGCUGUGGAAGCUUUUGACAAAUCUCCAAAGGACCAAAAGGAAAAAUCAACUAAGUUGCCGCCUUGUAAAUCAUGCACUGUGCUUGUGGAAUCAUUUAAUUUGGGUUUGGAAAAAAUAAGUCGCGGCAGGCAUGCCGGUGGUGAUGCAGCUUAAUUUUCAUAUUUUCCAUAAAUGAAGUGGUGCUUUAUCAUGCGCGGAAUGCACUUAAAGGCAUGGUACGUCCUCAGAGUUUAAAGAUUUGUCAAUUCCAAAUCAACACGGGCUUCAUACCGGAACAAGAAACAUUGAUAACAUUUUCCUCGAAUGAUCUCGAUGAUUUACCGGAUGCCGAUCAGGUUCCUCAUGACUUUUAGGUUUCGCUGUCGUUGAGUUUCACGGAUAACGAAUUUCCGCCGAGUAGGAAUCCUCCUUGGUUACCAGCAAAGCCCAUAAGAAACGCACAACAUAUAUUUAGUUCGCAAUUAGAAUUCGAGGAAAUGGUGGAUAAUUUCGUGACAAAACCUAGUUCGAUCAACAAACCUACGCCUGUUAGGUCAGCUGCUUCCGUAGAUAACGCCUAUUUUACCAGAUGCUACCGAAAUAAAGCAAGAGGAUGUACCUCGAAUCCAACCUCAACCAUCACCACCAAUAGACAUGCUCAAUUUAAACCAGCCCCAACCCCAGCUGCCGGUGCAAGAUCCACAAGCCACAACGAGUGACGCUAGUUUCGAUUUGCUUGGAGCAUUCGGGGAUGAUAAUUCAUCUGGCAUUGGCUCGGCUCCAAUACCUGAUAUUUUAGAAAUUAAUGUACAACCAACUUCAAAUGUCAACCUUGAUGAUAUCUUCGGCUCAGUUGCUUCAUCGGCGCCGAAAAUCAACGUGGAGUUUAAUAGUUUUUCUGUAAACCAGCCGACACCAACUUGUGCAAACCAACCUGGUGUAUUGGUGUGUGUCGCGUCAGUCUCAGCAAAAUAGUCUUGCAU